UUACCAGCACAUAGUCAGCGUUAUCUGUGAGGCAUGGAAAAGUACAAACAAACCUGCACAUGAAUCAUGCUUUAAAGUAUCCCUCUGGAACUUUCUCUCCUGUGAGUAGAUGUGAUCCCCAUCCGAACGGUCCAGGAUCUGUUUGCAUUUCUGCUUUUCGUGUGGCAAUGCAUUGCUAAGGGCGCACAUUUUGUUUCUGUUGUUAUUUCAGGUAUUAUUGAGCACGUCUUAUUUUUUAGUAAACUGCACCGGAGAUAUAUGGUUUAAAUGGUUGCUCUUCCCCUUAUUUCCCUGCUUUCGUUUGUUUUUCCUCUUUAAUUCAAUUUAACCCAUUCAUUUUUAGCGUCGGGCAGGUACUCACAGUACACAUGCGCACUCCUGGCGCGGCGAGCCCGCCCCCAACCCUGGCCAUUGGCUGUUCAGGCCGGAGCGCACUUGAUUGGUCGCCGCGUGCCAAGCCCCCGCUGCCCGUCAGAGUUGGCGGGAAAGUGGCGGAGGCGCAGCAUGGCGGCGGCGGCGGCAGAGUCGCCGUCCUCGGGUGGCCCCGGGGCCGUGCGGUUGCCGCGGUCGCCACCACUCAAGGUGCUGGCAGCGCAGCUGCGGCGCCACGCGGAGGGAGGCCCGGGCGCGUGGCGGCUGUCGCGGGCGGCGGUGGGCCGCGCGCCGCUGGAGCUGGCGGCCGUGUGGAUGCAGGGCACCGUGCUGGCGGCGGAAGGCGGCCAGGCGCGGCUCCGUGACCCGAGCGGGCCCUUCUCCGUGCGCGGCCUGGAGCGCGUACCGCGGGGCCGGCCUUGCCUGCUCCCAGGAAAGUAUGUGAUGGUGAUGGGUGUGGUUCAGGCCCUUAGUCCUGAGCCCUGCCUACAGGCUGUGAAGAUGAUGGAUCUUUCUGACAAUCCUGUCCACGAGAGCAUGUGGGAACUGGAGGUGGAAGAUUUACACAGAAACAUCCCUUAGAGCUGGGCCUCUGAGAGCAGCUUUCCCUGGAAGUACUUUACCACCGUGUGGGUCUGGGACAUCGAAAGUUUCAUGACGAGAUUUGCCUUGGUGGAGCCAGACGUCUGGACCCUGGGAGCUGGAGCUUCCGUUAACUCCGCCUCCUCUCUGCCCAGGCCUUUGGCUGCUUGUGGAUGAGAAGCAGAUGCUCUGGGCUUUUCCCCCGUUAGUCAUUUAUGUUCGUUUUUCUCUCUCUAAAGCACAUGGAAAUCUCAUGUUGCCGUUUCCUGAUUUGGCGAGUGAUAACACUUUCUGCUUUAAGAUGCAAAAUCUAAGUUUCAGUUAUUGCCAGUGGGAUAAAGUGCAGUUAGGAGGACAGAACGACAUUGUGGCCUGUCUCCCCUUCCCUAGCUGCUGGGUGCCAGCAAGCAGCCCCUGCAGACAGGGCUCUCUCUGCUCCAGAAUGCUCAUUCCUGAAACAUUGUGAGGCCAGCUGCUGAGAAUGGUUGGAAUAGUCUCAGAAUUCUUUGUUGAAAUUAAAAAUCCAAGAUGGAAACAGACUUUUCAAAUACUUCUGCUUCAAAACUUUUGUGGAGAGAUAGCCAGGGAGGGAAUAAUCUGCUGGCUUAGAGUCCUGACCCUUCUGCAUGAAAUGCCUUUCUGUUGGGAUUGCAUCACUGUUGGGUUUUGGCUUUCUGCUGAUCACCCAGGCUCGAUUCAUGUUCGGAUGGUAAAGACCAAGGCAGUCCAUAUUAUGUUCCCACACCGCUGCAGCACUUUGCCCAGAAGACUGAUAGUCUACCACUAGUAACAUUUUUGUAUGGCUAGUUUUUAAAAAUAAGCACAAUUAUUUGUUUGUUUGUUUUAAAGACAGGGUCUUACGUAGCUCAGGGUAGCCUGACUCCUGACCUCCCACCUCCAGUUCCUGAGUAUACCACUCUGCUUGCUUUUGCAGUGCUGGAGAUUGAACCAGGGCUUUGUGCAUGCUGGGCAAACUCUCUACUAACUGAGCCCCAUCUCCAACCUGACCUAUGAUUUCUUAAAACAGGUUUAAGUUUUCAGAAAAAUUGAAUAGAAAGUCCCAUAAACACCAUUGAACCUAAGGCCUUCUGUGUGUUUGGCAAACACCGUCACUGAUAUAGACAUCCAGCUCAUUGAUUUUAAGACAGAGUGUCUUAAAACAAGGAUAGCCAGAUGUGGCAGUCCUAAUGCCUCAGCCUCCUGAGUGCUGCGAUCCCAGGCCCACACCUCUCACCCAGGCACCCCCACACCCUGACUAACCUAUAUUGCCGUGAGCAUCAGAUGGUGCUUACCAGCAGAUAAACUCAGGAGCCGCUUGGCAGGAAAGGAACAGAGUGGGGAGGAGAAGGGACCCAGGGGUGAUCUAGAGCAUUCCUGCCCCCUGCCCAUAGGAAAAGUGUCAAGACUUUGAGCUAAUUUGCAGCUCAGGCCGGUCUUAGGUUUAUCAUCUUCUGCCUCAGAGUAGCUUGGAUUGCAGACUGGCUCCUCCUGCCCUGCUUGCAUUGAUGCCUUUUUAAAGAGAUUUUAUUUUUAGUUAUGUAUGUGUGUGUGUGGGGGGGCUUUGGGGUUUUAUUUUUAGUUAUGUAUGUGUGUGGGGUGCCUUUGGAGGCCAGAAGAGAGUGCUGUCAUUUGUCAGCCCCAUCCAGGCAGCUCACAACUUCUGUAACUCCCUGUAGUUCCCAGGAAUCUGAUGCCUCUUUCGGACCUCUAUGGACAUUCCCACAACAUGGCUCAUAGACUCCCAUGCUUACACAUAUAUACAUAAAUAAAAAUAAAUGCAAAACAAUGAGAAGACUUAAGAACAGUAAUAAUGAAUGGCGCUGGGGACGGAUCUUGGUCCCUGGUGCUGGGAGCCAUCCCUGGUGGUGGACAGGUUCCUGCAGAGGAUUUAUGGAGUCGGCAGGGGAAGGAGAGCUAGGAAUGGUGGUCAGGAGAAUCCUGUAGCCUGACUGACUAGCAGCCAGAGUGCUUUUGAUACAAAAUUUAGUGAGCAGGGAUAGAUUCAUGUUGCUCCAAAACAUGGAUCAUAUCAUUUUUGUUUUGGGACAUGUGUUUCACCUUUACUUGCUCAUCCUUAGUCAUCAUUAAUAAACUAUGACAGAACAGA